AUGGAGCACAAGCUUUCUAUGUCUCUGCGUCUCCAGUGGCAUCGCCUGUCUCUGCUGUCUCAUCUGAUCAUCCUGACUUCCAUUUACUUCUUCCUUCCUGCAGUCUCGGCUCAGACUAUGAGCUACAAUCUUACUCAUUCUGGAUCAUGCUCAACAGGUCAGUGUGUCAUGCCUGUCGAUGCAAACAUCUCCAUUUCAAGACAAGGCGUCGGCAAUCUUGUCAGUGCAAAAGUGUCGAUAGACCUUUAUCCAUAUCUGUGGCCUUAUGAUAGCACCAAGAUCUACCAAUUGCGUUCGGCGAUACUUCAUAACAAUAUUGAAAAAAAAUUCACCAUUAUCAGAGUAAUUUUCCCAAGCUCAUUCAAUGUUUCGGAUUCAGUCGUGAACAUAGAAGGUGGAGGGAAAUUCGGUGUUGGAGUCACUGGACUUGAUGGAAUUACGGAUCAGGCUGGUUUUGUGAAAAUCUUUCCGUUUUCCAAAGGUUCUAUAGUAACUGAGGUUCCUGUAGUCGACAGUCAAAUGGAAGGUGUGAGUGGUGGUAACACAGAUCCUUGCAACAUGCCUUGCAGCAACAUAUUUGAGAUGCAGACGUAUGCAAAUACAGACACAGAUGUAAAAUCAUCCACUGUACAGGGGACUAUUCAAAGACUUCAUUUCACUAUAUCUGGAAUUGUGAAUCCUCUGUACACUCCCGGAGAGUUGCCUGGGGCAUUGCAACAGAAAGCUGUUCAAUUCGGAAUCCAGAUUUAUGACUUCACGAUAGACGAUCGAGGAUACAGAACUUACAAAAUGCUGUUUUACAACAAUCGUAUCAAUGACCCACAGUUGAACAAGACAACUCAUUAUUGGUUCAGCAGGACAGGCAACUCCCCAGUGAAUCUCACUUCCAACGUGUUGCCAAGGGUGGACCUGUCCUUAGCUUCUCCCAGGUUUUCUCAGCUGACUUCAGCAAAAAUUCAGUUCAAGACGGUUACAGGAAUUCCCAAAGGGGGCAGCGUCUUGGUCAAGUUUCCCCCUGACCUUGUCAUCAGCUCCUCGUCGAGGAUUUCAGUGUCUUUCAUCGAUGUGAGGAGCGCAAACUCCUCCAGCAAUGUUACAGGAACAACCUAUAUCUCAUCCAAGGACCGCAGCAUCCUGUUCUACAGGAUUGAAAGCACGCUAGAUCGGAACCAAGAUAUGAUUCUAGAUGUCACGAAUGUCUUUACUUCUUCACUCUCGCAAUCUGGAGCCAUUCGAAUUGAGACCUGGAACGGUACGAACUUCACGCUGGAUUAUGGCACGAGCAAUUCAGUUCCGCUGCAAGCGAAUCUAUUGAGAAAUCUGGUGAUUGGGCUCAGCAGCUACGAGACUGGCAAGACAAAUGUGACUGUGUCCAUCACAUUUCAAAUCAACAAUCCUUUGGCAAGCAAUCUCAGCAGAAUCAUACUCCAAUUUCCGACCAGCGACUUGUCUCUUGCUGCUGCAAAACCUUCUUUAAAGAUGUCUUUGGAUGCUCCAUACCAGGAUUGCAGUCCACGUACACCUGGAGUCCCCGGUUACACUUCCGUUGAAGUCUGCGCCUCCCAACAGCUGGAAGGUGGAAGCACCGUCAGCUUCGAAGUUGAAGGAUUUCGUAAUCGACUUCAUGCAGGAACUUUUACCAACAGCAUUUUGAUUGAAACCCAAGAGAUUUUCAGUGGCAGUACCCGAAUUCUUGAUUUCGGGGCGGCCAAACCUGCAGCGGAACUUGAACCUUCGAGUCUGGCAUACUUGAACGCGACAUUUCCAUCAACAACGGAUGACUUUGGAAAUGUGACUGUAGAAUUCACUCCAAGCAUCUCAUUGUCUACCGGAACAUCAUUCAUAGACAUCAGUCUUACUCCGGGAUUUGAUGUCUCACAGAAUUCCGUUGCUUACUUGGAAGGAGUUCGCAAGUCAACCUUCAAUCAGAGCUUCAUAUCAAUCGAUCUUGAUGGCAUCGCUUUGAUGGCAAACGUCAAGUACAGACUUAUCAUCGUCGGAGUUGUUUCUCCUUACUACACUAUCGAGAGGGCUUUAAAUAUUACCACUCGGAAUGGAGACGCUGCUGUCUUAAAAGCAGUUCAGAGAGGCAGGUAUGCUGAUGGAUCUUUGAACGCAUCGCCGAUGCAACACUUGCAGAUGCGUUUGUUGCCCCUUGUGAGUGGGGCAACAUCUUCAUUGAAUAUCAGCUUCCAUUGUAACAAACAAGUUCCUGCUUACAGUGGGAUCUUGCUCGAUUUCCCGGACGGUUUUGAUGUCACAGCGGUGCAUGUAGUCAGGAAGCAGAACCUGUCGCUAGUGGCAGAUCGUCUUUGCAACAUGGAGAUCUGCAACACAAGUUUUGUUAUCAACUCCACAUCCCAUUUCUUGGAAGGCAAUUUUACCUACGACUACAAGAGGAUGUUCACUUACUUCGACUACUCUUUGACGGGCAUAGGAGGAAGCCUAGCAGUUCGAGUCGAUGGGACUUCACUUGAACUGACGCUCAUCGAUCGCAUUAUGAAUGCAACUUGGCAUCCGCCCUUGUUCAGGCUCAAACAUUGCAUGAAGAUGGAGGCUCAGCAGUGCUCCCAGCUAUGUUCCAGCAGCGUCGUUGCGAAUUGCUCGGAGCUGAUUCGAGAUUCCUACUGGGUGAAUGUGACUCAGCCGUCCGAGCCCUUGACUGUUGGGUCAAAGAUCGAGUUUGAGCUGGAGGGUGUUGUCAAUCCAAGAGUGAGCGGCCUGACCGGGAGCUUCAGGUUGAGAACUUUCUUGAGUGCUGCGAGGUAUCUUGAGGGCUCUCAGCAUGAUGGUGUCUUGCUCCUACCAGCUGCCUUGACAAAUCCGUUGAUCCAGCUCAAUGACAGCAACGCUUUCGCGGUUACCUCUUUCCAGUUGUAUUUCGAUGUGUUCAAUGGUUUGCAAUCCAAGGACAUGAUAAGGAUCGUGUAUCCGCCCUUCUUCCACUAUGAACCUGCUGAAAGUUCAACACAGCUACAUUGUCUGAACUCAAGCGUCAUGGACGAUCUUUCAAUCAUUGCGAGCAAUUCGAGCUAUGUGCUGUUGCAACGAAAGGGACUAUCACUGCAGCAGUGCAGAGGUAGAGUAUUUCUACAGUUGUCUGCAAUUCAAAACAGGAACGGGUCAGCUGGAGAUUCGGGAGCCUGGACAGUCGAGACGCUGGCAUCAAGUUCAAACCUCACCAUGGACAAGGGAAUCUUCAGCGUUCAAAUCACGACCGCACAUUUCAAAGACGUCAAAGUUGACGUCACGGCGUUGGACAGCCGAGCUCCGACAGCUGGGCGAGAGGUCAACCUGACAGUCAAGCUACAAGUGAAUCAACCCAUGGUUCCUCCCGACUCUCGCAUCGUCAUUGACUUGGGAUCAGACCUGUCGUUGACCAAAGACACAACCAUCACAUUCGCCUGCAAGGAGCCCUACGACUAUGUGGACUACUGUCCAGGAGCAUCCUGGAACUAUACCUGCCCAUUCUCCAUUCUAGAUGUUCAGCGGUCAGGACUGAAUGUCUUGACGAUCAAGAGACAGAGAUGGUCUGUGCUACAUGAGGCGAUCGGCAAGACAGCAGAAGAGGGAUCUGAGCUCACCUUUCAUGUCUCUCCGCUUGCUACUCGCGCUACGGCAGGACCAAUCCAAGCUCUCACAUUUCAGCACGUCGCGUCAACGGCAAGAGGGUUGGAGGUUUACGAGCAAGACUCCGUCAAAGUCACCGAGCUAUCGCCGUGCCUGAAUGAAGCUCAGGUUGAGUUGCAGGAAGCUAGUCUGGGCUCGAAGACUUCAGUCACAGUCACGUUACGGGUAUGUAGUGCUGUGGCGGUUGAAGAGAGGGUCGGACUUUUCCUCUCAGCCUUCAUCUCCUGUCAAGAUCAAGACUGCGACAGUUUCCGAGAUGCCCGAAAGUUCUCCAUCGCUGACUUCAAUGUCACAAGUGCAGAGUUGGAGUACGCUGGUUAUCAUUUCGGGAAUAUUUCAGAUUCCUCCAUCCAGAUUUCAAAGUGCAGCAAUCAGGAUGGAUGGAAUUUCGGGUCUCGAUUACCAGGUUUGCUUUUCAAGCCUCGAAGGAGCAUUGUUGCUGGCGAGCUAAUCAUCUUCACCAUCACCGGAUUUCGCAACCCGGUCAUCAGCCCCUCGCUGCCUCCUAGGGCAUACGUUCAGACGUUGAGCAGCUCACUCGAAGUUUUCGGUUCUGUCUGCACAGUUUUCAGUCCUGCUGGUGGAUUUCAGUUGCCGACGGAUUUUCAAACUGGUUCCUGGGUCACAGUGACCCCCAAGCUCACAUAUGCUGAGAGCAACUUUUCUCUCGCUCUCGUUUCUCCUCUUCCUGUCAGUCCCAAUUCAACAUUCAAGGUUCAUCUCAACCUCCCAUACCCCUAUGAGUGGCAGGAUCCGAAGUUAGUCGAGGUGUUUGUCGAUGCCUUUCAAGUUCUCUCAGCUGAGUUGUCAAACGUCACUCGAACAUCCCUGACAGUUGUCCUCGGCUCUGUCAACUUGACCUCAGUGCAUGCUGCUCUACGCAUCCUCAUAUCAGGCGUGCAGAAUCCCAGCUAUGAGGAAAUCUCGCCUCUCGCUGUGAAUGUAACGGUUGAGAGUGAGCAGGGUCAGGAGCAAGCAGAGGUGAUUGGUUUGGAGAUCAAAGCCGUGGCAUUGAAGAAGGCUGUCUCGGGUCAAAUAGCAAGUCAAACCGACCAGCAGUCUGUCUUCACGUUUGCUUUCACCCUCUCCUUGCAUUGGGACCUUCGUGACAGCGUCAGAGUUCAAUCUUCUGAGAUGUUUGGAACGAAAACAAAUGACGUGUUUUCUCAGAAUGUCAAUACGACAGUGCUGGCUAGCGAUGACGUCUUGAGAGGCAUCGAAGGGUCAAACCUGCUUUGGAUCACACCAUCUGGUUCAAUCUUGUCUGGAGAUGCCCAACUAACAGUGGAGGCUCAAUCUCAAACUAGUUUUCAAGUUCGAUUUGGACUGGCAUCAGUCACAGUCUUGAAACUGUCUCCAACAGAAGACCAGUUCCACAUCAAUUGCUCCAACAACACGCGCGCCCCUCCCCUUCACAACGAGACUAACUGUACCUUUGAGCUCGAUCAUGUCUCUUCUAUCCCUGCUCACUCGAGAGUUGCGUUUAGCAUUGGAGGAUACAAGAGCGCGAGGGUAGGAGGCGUCUACUCCUUCACCGUAGAGAUCUGUGAGCUCUCUACCUCGCAAGCAAAGCAGAGACAAACUGCUGUCACCUUCCGUAGUCUCCUGCCGGCGAAAGAUUCAGCUGCUGUCAACUUUACGAGCUGGGACAGACAGGCUUCUGUUGGUGAGAAUGGCGAUAUCAGCAUGGAAGUAGCCCUUGACUCGACAGUUUUCGGCCAGCAGCUGAGGUUGGAUUUCCCAGCUGGUCCGAGGGGCUUUUUAGGAGUUGAAAGUAUCACAGUGAAAAACUCUCCCGACGUUCUAUUGAUUUCAGCAGGCGGGAGCCAAGUGAACUUGGAACUGUUGGUAGACAACAUUCAGUCAGUUCGUUUCACGUUACAAGGAGCAUCGUUGCGGCUUCCGCUCCUAUCAGGCUGGAGUGAUCCUAUUCAGAUCAUCUCGUCUCGAAAGUCAGACGGGAGGGCAAUCAAGACUGCGGACGCGUCAGGGUUGAUAGCUUCGGUCCCCUCCCUGAAUAGCUCAAUCCUUCCCUUGUUCUCUGCUGCUCGUUUCGGUGCGACUGUGAGUACCGUCGCAAGGGAUAGGUACGUUGACGUGCUGAUCAAGAACAGUCAACUUGUUCCGAAAGACGGUCAGUUUGCCUUGAGCUUCCCUUCAGUCUACGACGUUCUGGUUCCUGUCUGCGGAGGCGGGCCCUUGUGGAGCUGCACCAACAGAGCUGAGUGUGUGGAAGGCUGCAAUGAGGAAUUGAAGGUUGUGAAGGACAUCAAAGUUGUGAUUCUGAACAAGACAGUCAAUGCUUACUUCAACUUGACGUUGCAGCGUCUUGGAGAUGGAGUUGACAUCGAAGCCGGAUCCAUCAUUCGGCUGAGGCUGUACAACUUCUCCAACAAAGGAUUCUCUCAAGCGCAGACACAGAACGUAACAGUCGAUGAAACAUGGAGAGAAAAGUUUUUGAUGGCUACGGCGACGUCGCAGGGAUAUGCGAUAGAGACAGGUUCGAUGCCUGACUUCCAAGUGACUGCGUCAGAGUUUGAAUGGCUCGACACAUCAUGGAGCAUGAACAACGACCCAAGUCCAUUGCUGUGCCCCCUCCGACAACCCGCGAGUCCAUUGAGCAACGAGUAUGCUGGAGCGAGGGCGCACUUCUCGUACUUGAGCAUGAAGACGACUAAUGCAGUUGCGUCCGGGUCUGUCCUGAGGUUCAGCUUUCCCAAUGAGGACCUUGAAGUUGUCAGGACGACAGUGAACGCGUCACUUGCUAUCUUCCGUUGCACCAACCUGUCAAGCAGUCUGGCUCGUUUGUCCACAUUGUCUGCUCUUCGUGCGAAUGAUCGUGACACGUGCAACGGAACUUUUCAGAACUUCUCGUUUCAGGUGAAUGUGAGUCAAGGCAGAGUUGUUCUUUCCACCAUCCUUGGGGACUCGGUUCCUCCGGAUGUAACGAUCAACAUGUUUGACAUCGGGAAGUCGCCCGACGGUCUUGACAGUUUUCGCAACAAGAAGGUGUCAGGUGCUCAUGGCAUGUAUACGUUAGAAACAGUAGACCCCUGGGGUGUUGUCGUUCACCAGCAAGACUUCUUUCCUGCGUACUGUGUCGAGGGUCGGACAGUGAGAGUUGUCACCAGGAACUAUGACCUCACAUCAAAUUUCUCAGUCUCCGUCACAACAGACGUGGCAGGGGAAUCAGGCGAUCUGCAAGUCAAGUUUUCAUACUCCCCUGUCAUCGAUCUUCCAUCCUUUCAAUCUGACAACUACUUGGUCGUUCACUUCCCAUCAGAUUUUGACAUUGAUUCAGCUACAGGCGAAGUUUUGUCGGGGUCAACCAGAGAUUUUGGUUCUGCCGUCGCUCCCGGGACUUGCUUUGCAGAAUCCUCAACGACUCCUCGUUUUUACUUCAAGUUGUCAGUGUUGCGCCGAGAGACUUCAAUCAUCAUCAAGAGUUUCAGAAAUCCUCCCUACGCGCAAGGUUUCUCCGUUGCUAUCAACCACUCGCCUCUCAGAGGAACAUUCUUGUUCGAAGUUUACGUCAAGUCAGGAUCAUGUUAUCAUUCGUUUGCUAGUGGCUCAUGGCUUUCAACGGUCGUUCCUGGAACUCUUUCCUCAGCUGAACUGUUUCCACCUUCUCUUCCAGCUGGAUCAGCGAAGGUCUCAAUUCAGAUCAAGUUCAAGCUUGCCAACAUCGUACCAGAGAACGCAACCUUCAUUGUUCGUCUGCCAUCAAAGUUGCAAUUCACUGACAAGUCUCGGAUAGUUCCCAGCACCGAGGGAUACAUCUUCAAAGGAUCGCUAAGUUCAGACUUUGACAACCAGACUCGGUUUCUUACACCCUACCAGUGCAGCUCUUUGUCAUUGCAGUACUGUCCUGGCCCAGCAGAGAAUUUCUCGUACUCUGUUGUCAGAUGUUCUUCUUGUCAUUUACAGGCAAGCAGUCCCUCGUUCCUUGCCGAUACCCUGGUAGCCUCCAGAUCCCCGAGCUUGUCAAACCAAACCUACACCAUUCCAGACAUUUGUGAACCACCGUCCAUGACAGACAUGGAACCUGGAUCGUUCAUUGUACCGGUUGGUUGCUCUCUGAACGGAGUCAACUACUCCAAUCAGUCUGUUGUCAUCGUCUACAGAGAGCUACCUACACCGAUCUCUGCCAAUCAAACAGUGUCUUUGACCAUUCUUGAUGUCAUCUCGCCGGAUGAAUACAACAUCUUGCCAGGAAACAUUGACGUGCAGAUUUGGUCCUCCAUUCACAAUGCACUUAUAGACCGCAACAAUCUCAUCGCACUGCAGGCAACUCGAACAGGAUCAUUAGUUGACUUGGUUGCUCACCUUUCAAACGUACUUGUUGGACAAAGUACCAUCCUUUAUCUGAGCUUCAAGAUCCCCGGCAAGGUCAAUUUCCCUUUGAACAUUACCAUCGACAUUGAUCGGAGCAUGACUGUUGUGGGCCCCGUGAUUGACUUGAACUUGUCAAACACGUAUAACAUCAGUGGUACACCGUUGGUCAAUGCAGUGACAGGCUCAACAAAUCUCACCUUCUCAGUGCAAUUGACAUACCAGUCGACUGAUACACAUGUCAUGCUGGCUGUUUCAGGACUCAGAAAUCCGUCGGCAGGUGGAAGUUACAACCUAGUGAAGAAACUAGCGAUCAGGAAACUUAUUGGAGGAACCAUCCAGGAAAUGUACGAAGCUCCUCUGUCACCAAUCUUUUACAUAAAUCCCGAGGGUUGCUCUAUCAACACUCGGUUUGAUGUCUUUCCGUUGACAACGGCCGAUCUUGUCAACCUGACAGUCACCUUUGACCAGAUUGUCAAUGGCUCGAAUGGUCUCAAUUUCUCUGUCAGUGUUCCAACCGCUUUGCGUACUUCAGGAGCACUCAGAUUGUAUUCUGUUCUUGUGAACCAAGUGAAAGCAGCUCCUUCGGAGACGUCUGUCAUUCUGCACGAGAGCUCUCAAGGAUCUAUUAUUGUCGGAAAGGUCUCUGGCCUUUCGCUACUCUCCUGCCCUUGCACCAUCAAGCUUGUUCUUGGACCCUUUCAAACAAUGCAAGUGCAGCCUCCUAUUCUCGUUGACAAUCUCAAAUUCCGAACUUUGUCCAGUUUUGACAUAGCAAGCUAUCAGCUGUCAGCCUGGGAGUCGCCGCUGUCAUGGGGUUCGGAGACGUCAAGAGUUGUCUGUCAGUCAUCCAACGCCUCUUUGACUCUCUCUGGUGCGGGACCGAUCUCAAACCUCCUCACCUUGUCGUUGACGAAUCCUGUCCUCGGGUAUUGGGGCGGCCUUGACAUCUCAUUUGUGACCCCCGUAGCAGUGAAGAAGUCAAGUGUUAUCGUCCUGAAAUUUCCCCCUCGCUCCUUGUCCUUCUGUCGGUCAGUUGGAAGCAACCCUACGAUCCGUGGAGCCCAGUGGUCCUCCUCACUCACCAGCAGAGCUUUGACUGAGGUCAACACCUCUUCAGCAACGCUCAACUUGACGUUUCCUGUACAAUGCGGCGAGCCUGCCUACCCUACCAUCUUGGUCAAGCCUCUUACACCUGAUACCAUCCCAGCUGGCGUCCGGGUGGCUAUGAAUAUCUCGCUGGUGAGGAUGCCAGUCAACCCGAUCUCAGUCCAGCUUGAGGUUCAAAUCUACAAUGGGUCGGUCGACUUCGCCUCCGCCGAUGGGUCCCUCAGCUCUGGUCCAGCUGUCCAGCAAGCCUCAGGACUCUCAACACCGGCAGCUGGGUUUGCGAAUGUCGAGCUGCCGAGGAGCAAUGUGUGGAUCUAUCCGGAAUCAACGCUGGUGAGUGCAAGCACGUCCUUCAACGUUCUUUAUCACAGCCGGACGGGGCUGCCGUCCGAUGGCUACCUUGAGGUGGACUUUCCUGAUGGUUUCGAUGUCUCUCAAGCUUCAGUUGCCGGUGCUGCUCUCUGUGGUGCUGCCACCUACAAAGACAGCACCAGUUACUCGCUCUCCUGGACCUCCACCUCGAUCAACUCCAACUUUAAAGACCGACAGAUUUACCUGAUGAAAACAACCGAUUGUACGGUCUCAGAGUCCUUUUCAUCUGACAUGACAACCAUUCUUCCCACCACCUUCUUCGGAUUCACUGGUGGGGUUCGUAACACGCCAUUUCAAGGCUGCGUCAACAAGGGAUUCGCAACGUACAAGAUUUCGAAAUAUUCUGUGACGGCGACCACGAGGGUGGUGGAAUUCUCUUCAACAGUGGCAGGUGAUUCAAACACAGUGCUCAGGUACGCGAUUGACAACAUGUGUAGCACUUGCACUACAGUCAUCGAGCGUGUAGGGAAUCGGACCCUCAGAGUAAGAGGCUUCGCAAACAGCUUUCCACCCUUCUCUCUUGUCAACGUGACUUUUCAAAGGAUUCUCAACGGUCCCGUUGCAGGCAUCGCGAAGCAGGGCUAUGCUCUCCGGGCAUAUGACAGUGCUGGUCGUCUGUUAGAGAGAGCUUUGGAUAUCACCCCUACCAACUUGACCAAAGUAAGCACCAACGCGUUUGUUCGGCUGCAAGACUACUCGGCUCAUGCGCGAGGAAGUUUCUAUCUCUUUGUGGCCGCCACCAACCCGAUAGCGGCUGGAUCGGUGAUCGUGAUCUUCUUUCCUGCUGGUUUCGACGGAGCUGAGACGAUCACACAAGCGCUUGUGCCUCCAGCCUCUGAAGUCCUUGACUUCCGACCCAGUUGGCUUCAGAACGCUGGCAAUGUGCAGCAAGCGGUUGAAAUGGAGGUUUUGAGCUCAGCUUGUCUAUCGCAAUGCUCCUCUCUGCGCGUGCGCGUCCUUUCUGAUGUUGUGAGGGGAAAGAUACUCUGCAUCAAGUUGGUGGGUAUGCUGAGAAAUCCACUCCGUCCCACCUCAUUCAGCAAUCUAACUGUGCUGGUACAAGACAGCACAGGGCAGGAGCAGAUGUACAAUCAAAGUGUUCCUGGCUUCUCCAUAACACCAGGCAAGUAUGCAAACAUGCAAUUGACAACCAACAAUUCGAUCGUCGGAGAGACCUCAGAGCUUCAGUUUCAGUGGUACUCCGAGUCCGGAGUCGCCAGUACCGACUACUUCCAACUCCAAGUGCCACCGGCCUACGAAUUCGUAUGGAAGAGGAGUGAUACACAAGAGGCCGUUCAGGUCCGAAGCUUCUCCAACUUACGGGGCAUCCUUGCAGUGUAUGCUGUCAAUGGCAGCACCAUCAUCAUCCGCCGAGACACUGCGAUUCCAAGUCAAAACGUGUUGGUCAGCUUUUCGUUGGGACCCUUCAAGAACAGGCGAGAAGCAUCAACAAACUACAACAAUCAAAGUGUUAUUCCUGGCAAUUUCACUCUCACCCUCUUUGAUGUGAACAACAAAUCAGUGGAGAGCUCUAUUAUCGUGGGUCCAGCACUAACAGCCAAGUAUCUUGACGUGGAACUCAAUUUCUCCGACUCCCGAUCAUCCUCGUUUUCGAAUCUCACAUUCGCUUUCACCUUGUUGAGAUCUUUCAGUUUUUCGGACAAGCUUAUGAUAGUUCUUCCACCGGGGUUUGCGGUAUUGCCGCAGAUUGGCUGCACUUUUGUUGUGAAUAAUGCGUUUCCGUCAGUUUGCUCCGUCUUCAAUAAGAAACUGAUCAAUGACACGAAACUCUUCGUCGGCCUUGAGUUGAGAAGCUUUGGAAAUCUCAGCUCAGGACAGAGUUUUUCUCUUACUCUCAGCAACGUUCUGAAUCCUAAGGCAGGGAGACAAUUGACUGGUCCCUUCCUGCUCAUGACAACUGAUGGUGUUUGCAGCAUAGCAUCACUUCAGUCUUGCUACUCGACCAUCCUGUCAAACUACCGGGCAAACAAGGACUAUCAAAUUGUUGAAGGAAUGAUGUCAGGAACCAUCAGUCUCUCUCAAUCCCUAGCCGGAGACCAAGUUCAGCUGUCAGUCGACCUGACAACUCGCAACCCAUUCCCAGCAGGGGGGAGUGUAGUAGUCAAACUCGCUCCAGAUUUUUUUGCGGUUGAAGGAGUGCGGUACUGUUCUUCUUUGUUGUUGAACGGAGUCUGCAACAACCCAUGCCAUGACGGCAUCAACUGCGCCGUCGGCUUGAAAGCUGAUGUUCAAGUCUUCUCUGCAGAUUCAGGGCGUGAGGUGGUGCUUGUCAACAGUAUGCAACCAACUCUUUUCACCGAUUCCGGACUUGUGUUUCUGCCAGGUCUGCAAGACUUGGGGGCAACGGAUGCCUUGUACGUUCCCGGGUUCGAAGGGGUUAGGAUAGCUUUCAAUAUCUCUUCCAUUCGAACGAGACAGGUUUCUGGUCGCGCAGGUCUGUUUGACAUCUUCACGAGAGACGCCAACGGAAUGAAUGUUGACCGAUUGACUGACUACGCCGACUCCUCAUUGUUUCAGCCCAACUCUCUACUGUCAGUCGAAGUUGCUCCUCUCAGCCUUGCCGCGGGUCUUGUCACUGCCUUGUACGUUCGCUUCGAAAAUUUCAAUCCGAUCCCUCAAGACGGCAGCAUUGAGAUCGGCCUGCCUCAGAGCUUUGCCUUGAGUGAUGUCCGCAUUCCUAACGGAGUCUUUCCAGACUCGUCUGGCAUGAAGUAUCUCAACGGAAACAUCAAUAUCUCACACGUCAACCAGACCUCAGUCGUUCUUUCGCUCGUCCACCUCAACGAGUCGAUAGCUUCCAACACCAAUGUCAGAUUGUUCUUGCAAGACAUUCAUAACCCUCUAGAACAAGGAUUGUAUUCCAUGCCAAAAGUGAGAACCAAGUCCUCAGCCAACCUUGUCAUCGAUCAAGAUCUCCAGGUGCUUGCAAACUCAAUCCUCCCUGCUGUGAUGCAGUCUGCAACGCUGUAUCAACCUGCUGGUCCUGUAGUUGGCAUUGGUCAAGAUCAAAAACUCAAUUUUGUUGCUCGAACUCUUAUCAACGGUCAUGUCAAAAUAUCGUUCCCCCCUUCAUUCAUAUUUGCUAUCAAAACCGUCCCCGUCAAGGAGAUCAAGAAGGAUGGUCUUACCCAUUGCAGUAACAACUGUCAACUUUCAGCAGCUGUUACACCCUCUAACGUUGAGCUCUUACGAGUGCAAGGUGUCAUACCAUUCUCAGUGUUUGCUGACAGGGUGCAGACUGUAACGGUUUAUGGAUCAGGUUUCUCGUCUCAACUUGGACCAGUGAUACCUGUCUUGGGUGGCGAAGUACUCCAGGUCAUGUCAAUGACGGACGUACGAAUGCUGGUCCAGAUCACUUGCCCUGCUAGUUCCUACUGCCAGAUUCAAUCUUCAGACAAAAGAAUGUUGUCAAUCGAAUUGAGCUACACCACAGAGAAAAACUUGACGCUUUUCACCGCUGACAAGGUCAACAUUACCUUAUACAAACCAGUGGCUGGUGCAUGUCCAAACAACUGUGGAGGGUCGAAGAGAGGUGUUUGUACAACAUCUGUUUGCACCUGUUUCUAUCCUUUCACAGGGAUCGAUUGCAGCACUGCUCCUUUCAUUCGCAGUGUUUCACCGAAUUUCGCCAGUUCUUCGGGAGGCUCCGUCGUUGAGCUCUCAGUCACAAGUCCUUAUCCUCUUUCCGACCUGGGCAGGAGCUACAGGUGCAUCUUUGACACUAGGAUUGUGACGGCUGUAUACAACAGCGCAAGGCAAAGCUUGACGUGCACAGUUCCUCCUAUGACGAACAAUGAUGCAAUCCUCAUAGAUAUUUCGAUCGAUCAAGGCUUGACAUGUGAGGUCGAGGGCUGCUGUUUCACCUCAGACCCUUGCUUCAUCGGCGCCUUGUCGGGUCGACCACUGUCAUUCAGCUAUUAUGAUGCUGCAGCUGUACCAACAGUGGGCUAUCUUGAAGUAGACGCUUCGUUCCAUGCUCACAUCUUCACGCAUGGGUCUCAUGCCGGGUCUGAUCUGCCUCAUGCGCAUAUCGUACAUGUCGCAGACCUUGUGAGUGGUACAGUGCAGGACGCCACGAGGUUUGGGUUCCACCUGGAGCCAGGAAAGGACUGCGGUCAAGAUGCAGGCUGCGUGGGGUUCACGGUAGUCUUCCAAGGAAGCGACUUCGAGCAAACAGCAGAGAUCCUGAGCUACUCGCACACAGACAAGUAUGCCACCAUCUCGGAGAUUGCCAUCGCUCCAACGUCUGGCUUCACUUACACCAUCGGCCAGUACCUCGUCGCUCGAUCCCUCACCGUCGAUCGCUCGUGUGCGUGCGAGCGAGGCAGCUUUGACUGUCACUGCUACAGCCGCACCGGCUACCACGACCACGUCUUGAUUCAUAGACACCUGACCUCACCUCCUCACGUGCACAUGAUUCACCUCGCUACCCCCGCCAUCGGCACUCCUCCACCCCUUGCAAACUUGAGUCAAACCAAAGAGAUGGAUGAAUCGAUCGCGAGACUCUUUGCCGGUGGUCCCUAUGACAUUGUUCCAUGGCAGUUCGUUCAGGGGCUGACCGACUUCAGUAUCCUCGAAGAGGACAUGAUCAGAUCAGACGGCUACGACGUUGAGUUCAAAUUGCCCUUCAACGUGACCUCUGCGACUGACAUUGAUGUUACCUUUGACAGCUCCAACCUGAUCAUGAUGCGGCAGAGCUCGGGGCCGUCGGGAGUCUUUCAAGUUCGUACGAUGGAUUACUCAAGGCAGACGGCAUGCCUUAAGUCUGCUCGAGCUUGCAACACUGUGGUGGAGCGAGGCUUGUUGGUUUCGUCUGUGUUGGUCACUCCUGGCACUUUGACGCUCUCAGUUGCUGCUUCGGUUCAAACUGCCGCAAGUCGGUGUGAUCUUCUUUUCAGCUUCAAACUUCAGAAUCAAAUUCCUAGCGCAAACGGGAAACCAGGACACUUGGAAAUCUUCUUGCCAAAGGUGGUCAAAGUGGACAGAACGAGCUCGGUUUCAAGGUGUGGUAGCGUGGCUUGUGACAGUUCUGACUCUGUCCCUUACUACUUCUCUCUUGUCCAGUGUAGCUCUCCAAACUAUGCCAGCGCAGAGCCAUGCAAGGCCGCGUCAAACUACAUGCUGGCAUCCAAGUAUCCAGACUUGUUCAGUGACAGUCAGAUUGUCCUUGUGGAGCUUGACAGCGCCUUGCCCGUCAACGAGGCUCUCACGUUCAAGCUGUUCAACGUCGUUCUACCCCCGUUCUCAGGGCAAACUGACCCCUUCUACAUGCGAUCUACGGUUGCAGAUGGCAGUGUGGUGGACUCCGGAAUGGCUUCAGGUAUCAGCAUUGAGCCUCAGGCAUUUCUUUCAGCAGACCUUCAGCACAGUGACGAGACUGUCUUAGCUCUCAGCAGCUUUGUGAUCAAUUUUGUUCCCAUCGUUCCUUUGUCGUCUGGCUCAUCUUGCAAGAUAGAAUUUCCGUCAAACUUUGACAUUGCUAACAUUCAAAUUUCUGUUGGGAAUAUUUCCUCUCAGAAUUUCAGCCUCGUCAACAGAAGCGCGACCUUCACAUGCGCGUCUGCUCACAUUGUUGUUGAGAACGUGAGGAAUCCGGACAAUGUGGGCUUGAGUGGGAGGGUGAGGGUGUCAACUUUGGUACAGGAGGGAAGUGCUUACGAGCUACAAUCGUUUCUGUCGCAACCUCUGAGUGUAAGAGAAGCUCAUUUUGACAACGUCAUGAUCGAUCUGACCGACUCGUUCACAUCUGCCGUGUCAACCAUCAAGAUUUCAUUGAAAUCUCCCAUCUCUCUCAAUCAUGCGACGAGCUUGAGGAUCUCUUUCCCUUCUGGGUUUUCAAUCAGAUGCAGGAGAGACAUCGGUAGCUUGACGUUUCAAGAUGGUUGUGAGACGCCAUUUGAAGCGUUUGACUCCAACGGAAAGAACUGUACCGGAAGGCAUUGUACCAGCUGCCCGAUUGCCUAUAUCAUCGCACAGAUUCCUUCCUGUGUGUCGAACUCCUUGUUUGUUGCCAACUUCUCCAUUCCAGAUCUUGUCAACCCAGACUUUGAUGGAAGGUUGGAGGGAUUUUCGCCAAGCUUGGAGAAGCAGGGGAGUGUGUUAGUCGUGAGUACGGGCAUGCCAAUACCCAACCUGUUCCUCUAUCCCCGGAAACUUCUGUCUAACAUCAGUUUGACUCCGCCUUACGCGGGAAGUGAAUCAGUGUUGAACUUGUUUGUAAACAAUUCUGAUGGAAACAUUACAGAUCCUUUCCUUGUGCUCGACAUCCCAGCGUUCUUUGAGUUUGAUCGUAACGCUGUUCAUAUAAUGAUCAACGGAAAUUCUUGCACUUGCAUGCGAGCAACCAACGAAGGGUGCUGUCAGUAUGGGCGAAGUUUUUACCUACGCCCCACGAUCAGGCUGCCUCCUGCGCUCUCUUACAACCUGACGAUCACGGGGGUGAAGAAUCGUUUGACGGCAGGCAGCGCCACUUUUACCUUGCGGUCUGCAAACGACUCAAAGACGAUGAAAUUCACGAGUCAAGCUCUGAUCGACACAUUCAUAGAUCCAUACCCCUUGUCAAACAGCUCAGUCAAGCCUUUUCUGCGCGAAGUUGUCAAAAUCCAACCGAAUGGAGCGUCUGAGGGAGUGUACAUUGCUACUGGCGAGUUUCACGCUGGGUCAAUAAUGAUGUUGAAUGUGAGUUUUCAAGCCAUACCAGGACAUGCGUUCUCUAACCUGAGCAUCGCGUUUGACCAGGGCUUCAACUUGGAUGAAGCUCAAGUUCAGUUGGAGCCUGGGAUUCGGGACUAUGUGAGCAGUUCAAACACCACCGGCAAUGACCUUCUCUGUAUUUCUCUUCCCCUCGAAUUCGCUUCACAGUAUCAACUGUGUAGAGCACGAGACGUACCAGCAAUCAACCUUGACUUGACAGGCGCUUCCAGCAGACUCCCUGCAGUCAUAGAGUUUCAGAUCUCUGGGAUCAGAGCUCCGACCAGCCGACAGGGAGAGUUGAUGGACUUGAGGAUCCAGACCAUCUCAUCACGUGGGUUUGUGGUGGACGAGGGUCGCUCACACAAGUACAUCUUGAAGCCCGGGACUCUUAGAGACGUUGAGAUCAAGAUGAUUCCCUCUAUUCGAUCUCCUUUCCCUGCCGUGAAUCAAACCAUGUACCUCAAUGUCUCCUUUGCCUUCUCUACUGAAUUCUACCCGGAAAGUGAAGUUGCUCUUAACUUCGGUCUAGGACUGCGGCAGAAUUUUGAUUUUGUGGGCAUGGGAAUACCGGAUUACUUGAACGUGUCGGAAGGGAGUAAUUUUGAGUUCAUUGCAAUGGAGGGAGUAGAUGUUCCUACCAAGACAGUGAGAGCGUACAAUGCAGAUGUCAACUUUAGCAGUGGUAACUUGAGCUUCUCUGUAUCCUUCAACAGCCACUUUGAUCCAGGAGACAGGAUUUGGUUUGUCCUCUCCAACAUUCGGAGGAUUGAUUCGAACAGUACUGGCAAUGAAACUGUCAGCAGUGACGCGACCGUUACUCUCGUGGCCAAGAACCGCUCAUGCACUGAUCCAUCAUGUUAUCUUGAAUCAGCAGUGAGCAACAUCACCUUCUACAACUUCAAUCAGACUUCUGCAUGCUCAACGGGCACGUUAGACAGCACGAGCUUUGUUGCCUGGUCGCAGAGCUUGACCAGUCAGCUUGACUGUCAGAGCAGCUUUAGCGCAAUGACACCAGUUGCUCCAUCAGACAUUACACUAAAAGUUGUCUCAAAUUUGACGAUGUCAAUCUCUUGGAAAAAUCCAACCCCGGAUUAUUCUACAAAUCAAGAUUACUUCUUUCUGGGCUAUGAGUUUUUGAUUCGACUCUUUACAGGGCAAUCGACCUUGUUCACUGAGACCAGGAGUCAUCAGUGUUGUGCCGGCUAUACUGAAUGUUGCCAAUUCAAUCAGCUAGAUUACAAUCCAGCAAACAAGACGAGCAAUCUUAAUGGGAAAGGAAUUGGGGUAAGCAUAAGAAUCAAGAAUGCCUUCGGGUUCGGCCCCUACAGCAGCGAACAAACUUCAGUCAUCGUCGGAGCUCCAUCGGCACCCUCUCUCACAACAGUCAUCAUGGGCACCAACCUUAUCUUGAACAUAACGAGACCACAAGAUAUGGGGGUAGGUGUCAAUGUCGACCCUUCGAACAGCUUGGCAGCUCUCGCCUACUAUGAGAUCCAGUACAAGCUCAGUGAUUCAAACAAGUGGCUGCUUCUAACAGAAACUGCAAACACCAUCAUCGUAUGGAACCUCUUUGUUGAAUUCUUGGAAGGAAAGAGUUAUGUGUUCCGAGUGAGAGCUUACAAUCGGAUCUCUCCCGGAGACUGGCUUGAGCUCACAGAGCCCCUUCUGAUUACGGGCGUCCCCGAUGCUCCGAUAAUCAGAGAUGUAGAGAUGAGAUGGCUGCAACUCAAGGUGACCAUGAGCAACCCAGUGGUCAACGCUAGCAACACAAGUUAUGACGUACUAGAAGCUCAAGUCAUCCAGCUCACUGAGAGCAACUUUGAAGCUUGCUGCAACAGUGAACCCUGGAAGGACUGCAGUGCGAGAAUAUCGAAUGUCAGUUACGCCACCACACACAACUUCACUGUCAGUGUUGCUCAAGGGACCCUCGCUCGUCUUGGCUCGACAGACCUUUAUGUAUUCAAUGCAACUGCUGUUGAGUUCAGAAAGGCGUAUAGGUACAAGGCCAGAACUCGCAGCGUGGUGGGAUGGAGCACCUGGUCUGAAUGGUCCCCAGCAGUUCAGAUGCAAUCGAAUCGACUGCCCUCGGUGUCGGCACCUGCAGCAGAGUACAAGGAAGCGAUGAAGGCCUCGAUCUCAUGGCAAGUGAACGACUCUUUGACUAGAGAUUACAUCUUCAAAGUCACGCAACGGCAUCUACCUUCUUAUCCCUUCGCGGGAGUCAGUGAUGCCUCGCAAGUCCAGGACGUUUCGACGCCUUCGGAGUACCUGAAACCAGACACGCCUGGAUUUCAGUCGCUCAGGUCAUGGAACGCGACCGAUAUAGAGCAUUUUGACUCGGACGGCCAACAUUACGUCAUUGUUGCUAGUUACAACUCACAGAAAGCCUCCAACCCUGGCGCUACAAUAAUAUACCGUAAGAGAAUGGCUUGGAGCCUAUUUGAAGGCGAAUGCCGCGGCGACGCGUAUCAUUAUUGCAAUCAUUUCAAGGCCAACAAGGAACUGUUUCCUAAUGACAUCACGUUUGCAGGCAAUCUCUCCAUCCAUCAAGUUCUGUCGACCUUUGGAACCACUCGCAUCAAGGUCGUCAAGGUAACGGAAGAGGAAAACAAAGUCUUUCUCUUCACAAUCAACGAAAGAAAGCCUUCUGGUUAUAUCUGUGUAGAUGACAUGACCGGAAGGCCCGUGAAUGGUACCUGGGACGCAACUGUAUCGUGCAAUCACAGCAUGGCUGGUUCUUGUGCAUUUCCAAAUCAGACUUGCCUAGCAAAUCCUACCUUACCAAUGGUGGCAGGACAUGAAGUGAUGGUGUACUCAUUUCGUAGUGAUGGAUACUUUCAUUAUCAGCAGACAUUAGAUCUCAAAGCUGUCAGUGAUGUGAAGCAAACUUAUGAAUGCAACUCAACAAUGGUAAUCUUCGCAAAGACAAGUGACAACGUAGAGAUAUACAAGUGGAGCAAAGCUGAUCAGUCCUUCGUACCCUUCCAGAUCAUCUCAUCGGAUGGAAGUCGAGCGGUUGAGACCUAUAGAGAUGAACACGAUUCGCUCUGGAUGUUCAUCUCCCACACCUUGGCUGCAGACCUUCUGCAAAAUGUUUACAAGUGGCACAAUUGCUCCUUCAUAGCAAACAACUCGAUCCCUGACAUCAACGAUGGGGACUGUUUGCAUUCUGUCAGGAUUGAAUCUCGAGAUCUUUUCAUCAAGUGUUCUGGUCAAAAUAUUUCUGUUCUUGAUAUAUCCAAACCAAACAUGGCGCUUAUACAACACAUAGAAUUUGAAGGCCAGGUGCAGGUUCAACCGUUCUCUAUGCUCAACGGCAACGCAGUCAAUUACUUCUGCCUGGUUGCUUGCAGAGGUUCAUAUCAUUCAGUGCUGAUCAAAUGGGAAAAAACAGUUGCCAGCACUGGAGUUGUGUUGUUUGAAGGAUUUGUGGCUUUCCGAUAUCUUUACACGGCAAACCCUCAGCGGUGGACUGUCUUCAAAGUUGACAGCAGCUUGUUUGCAGCUGUUGCUACCAUGACUCAUUACGAGGCGACCAAUGAGCGAUCCUCGCAAGUUCUACUCGGCUGUCAACAUUCAGAUGUUCAGUACACGUCUGCAGACUCUUGUUGUGCCAAAGCCGGUUCAUUCUGCAUCGCACAAGGUUCCUCAUACUUUGAUAUCUUGUGGAAUGGAACUGCUUCUUUUGUGCCUGUCUUUCAGCUCUCUCAAUAUUAUUGGCCGACUUACGACAUUCAAGAAUCUUUUGCGUGUAAUAUGCACACUGAAAUCAACUUGACCUGGGCAUCGGCUGGACCAUCAUACGAUAUGUUUGGCGACAAGACCAUCGUCUCCAUUCAAUCUUACAACUUUUACGGUCUCGGUCAAAAAUCGACAACAGUCGACGUGAGGGGAAUAGAGCCGCCAGCGCCUCCUUCACGUUUGGUUGUUGCUAACGGGGAUGCAAAGACUCUGGAGAUUUCCUGGACUGCUCCGUUAAGUGAUGGUGAAAUCAGGCCCGACGAAAGACGAUCAGAUCCGAGCAAAAGGAUAAUCGACAAAUAUUAUGUUGUGCUCUACCAUUCAGACUGCAAUUCAGUCAAUCAGCUUUCAGUUCCGGCGUAUGAGGCGUUUGUUGAUUCAAACACUUUUAGUCGCACUGUAACUGAUAGAAACUUCGUGACUGGUGACCAAUACUGCGUUCAAGUACAGGCUGCGAACCUGCUGGGAUUUAGCGAAAAGAUUGACAAGCUUGUGUACAUGCUCAAGAAACCAGGACCUGUCGUUCGAUUCGAAGCAUCCAACCUUCCAGGUCCCAUGUCAGUUUGUGUCUCUUGGGAGUUUCCAAGCGACGUCGGCUUUGGGCUAGCAGAAACUCCAGCAGGAUUCACAGACUUUGAGAUUGAAUUUUUCUUAUCUCCCGUCCCGGUAGCAUUCUAUCCCGAUGGAACCUUGAACAACGCUUCUUCUGCGCAGAACUUCACUUUCACAGCCCUCGAUCCGAGGAAUACGACCUUGGACCGACAGCAUCUAGUCAAAGGAAAACAUUACUACCUCUACGCUCGCUGCAAGAACAAGGCUGGGUACUCUGAUGUUACUUUUCUGACCUUCUGCGCGAUUGACUUGCCAGCUCCUCCGCAACUACAAUCGGCUCUUGUGAGUGGAGCGCUGUCAGUGAAUGUCUCCUGGACUACACCCAACGAUAUAGGAGUCGGUUAUGAAAGCACUUGUCCGAAUGUUUCUCUGUCUUGGGUCGUGAUCCAGGUGUCUGUCAACAGCAACUUCGCCCCUCUGAUGAUCUUCGCGGGUCGUGAUCAUGUCAAGCAGGAGGCUGCACAGAGUUGGGUGCUUGUUCGCGGGUUACAGAAAGCAGUCAAUUAUUUCUUCCGUGCGUUCUCUGACAACGUUGUCGGGUCCAGCUUACCCUCAAAUGCUCUGAGCAGAAAGGCUGCGGCACCUCCAUCUGCUCCCUUCAUCAACAGCACAAGCAACGUCAACCCGAAUGCUAUUCUAGUCAACCUGCUUCUUCCUUUGGACACGGGCUACGGGGACACAUCGCUUGAGAUCAUCUCCUAUGAUCUUCAGUUCUGUCCCUCGCCAGACUUUACCGGGAAUGGCCUCAAACAGUUUUCAUCUCCCCAACUUUCGUUUGAAGGUCAAGGCCUCGUGCCUGGCAUCCUCUACUACAUCCGAGCUGCUGCUGUCAGCGCAGCUGGGAGAGGAACGUGGUCACUCGCAGUGUCUCAGGUCUGUGUGGGCGUCCCGUCGGCUCCUCACAUCACAACGGCCGUUGUUUCAGGCCCUCUCACCAUCUCCCUCCAUUGGACUCGCCCGGCGGAUACAGGCGUUGGUCCUGACGCCGCGUACCCGCUCACCCAGUACGCCGUGCAAGUCUCAGCUUCUAGAAGCUUCGAGGAUUAUUCCGAGGUAGUCGUAGAUUCUGACAUGUCCCUGCUCUCUCGGGAGUUCAAGCUAACGAGUGCAAAUAUCUCUCUCAAGUUUGAAGCCGGGCAGGUGUACUUCUUCCGGGUAAGAGCGCACAACCUUGUUGGUGCUGGUGCUUUCUCUCAAUACAGGACAUGUCGUGCAGCGGAUCUGCCUUCACAACCUCUUGGGUUCAGUUAUGUCUUGCAGCAGGGUUACUACAUCUUCUCUUGGAAGUGGCCACUUGACACAGGCACGGGAGACAACACUUACCCUCUGGUGUCGUACGUGCUUCAAGUGAACAACACCAGCUAUGAGGUGUUGCCACUAAGAGAAGUCUACCGGUUGUCAACCAAUCUAUUAGAGCCCAACAGCCUGUACGAAUUUCGAGUAGUUGCAAAGAAUCUAGCAGGAAAUGGCCCACCAUCCGACUCUCUGUUUGAUUCCUUUAUCGGACCCUCGCUGCCCCCACUCAACCUGAAAGCUUUCUUGUGGUCAAGCUCCUCAAUUGGCCUAGCUGUCAACCUGACCUGGUCGAUGGAGUCCAGUAGGAUCGCAAACAGCAGAUUGAGUUUCGAGGUUCAAACGUCUUUGACUUAUGACUUCCAAGCUCCUCUUGUUGAAUUCACGCCCAUGCUGGACAAGCUGUCUUCCUUGUUCCGCUUCACCAAGACAGGGCUGACAAGCGGAGUCAUGAAUUACUUCAGAGUCAUUGCAUUAGCCGACAACGGCUUCAGCCAACCAAGCAACAUAGUCAACAUUUCUGAUCGCUUGAUGCCAGUACUCUUGGAUACCAUCCCCAAGCUUAUCCCAUGCCAUGGCAACAGUGAAAUGAAAAUCGUUCUCCGACAUUUCGCCUUCGAGCUUGGGAGCGAUAGGAGCAAGUAUGGACUGACAUUCGAUGGCACAGCCGCGACGGUCAAUGCGGUGGUGAGGCAGAGCUCAAACCUUGAGGAUAACAAACCAAUCUUCUCAAUCCUAAGCAUCACGUUGGGAGAGAGACAGACUCAGUCGGGAGGAGAAGGUCUCGUUGAAUUGUUUUACAACGGUCAGAGCAAGUUGAUAUUUGCUGUGCCUAGAGAGAUCUGCGAGGCUCCAAAGAUCCAAUCAGUGCUGGGCAAUGGAAUCACAUACAAUCAAACUUUGAAAACGUGGCAAGGCGCUAGAUGUGGUCAAAACAUAACACUUGGUUUAGCAAGAUUGCAGGAUGUGACGAGCAUUCAAUUAGCAAUUAUUGAUAGGAAUGUAUCGACCUUUGUUCCCUACCUACUUUCUCCACAAACAGCAGAUACCCUUGAAGGAAGAAUUCAUUUCCUUCAGUUCAGACUUCCCACAGCUGCAUGUUCAUCGACAGUCAUACAGAUUGAACUUCACAUGUCAUCCUUGAACCUCACUUGCGCUCUCUCUGUCGCUCCUGGCACAGGGCACAGUCUGCUUAGUCUUGGACCUGCUUUCAUGUAUGCAGGGGAGGAAUCCAAUGUCACCCUGGGACUGGCAAGUGAACAUCAUGAGACGUUGAAUGUUUACUUGGAAUCCGAACUUCUUGAUUGCAACGUUAACCUUUCGAUUCCGCUGAGGACGUCAAUCCGUUGUAAAAUACCCGCGAUGAAUGCGGUUGACUCCCAGUUGAAGCUUCUGCGGGUCGUUGACUUGCAGGCCUCAGUCGUUACAAUCGGUUACAUUGACCUUGUGGUUGAUCCCGUGCGAUUGUCUUCAUUUCUGGCGUAUCCUGUCAAUGGUGUUGCUAUCAACCAUUCCCUUUCACUUUACGGUGACCCUGCAAUCUUGCAUCAAGACAGUCAAGAUGUUCUGUUGUUCGAAGUAGCAACUACUUACAAGAAGAUUUCUAGGACUUCAAUCAUGCAUAUAAACAUUUCCAACAACCAUUCCCAAACUUUUGCUCUCAGUGGGAUGAAAGCUGAAUUGAUCAUGCUUGGGCUGAAUACCAUUCGCUUCAGAUUGAAUGUGAUCUCCAUCUUGUCUUCUAUGACUGAAUUCGUGCCUCAUGGAGUGUACGCAAUCGAAAUCGUUUUGUCCAGUGGUGAGAGGCUCAAAAACAAAGAAGCUUUCGUGUGGCUACCAGGACAGAAAUGCGAGGUGUCGUCUGCUCCAGCUUUUGCUGUUCCAGGGUCCAACCUCUCUCUUCGCUUGAGCCUUCCAUCCUGCUUGAACUGCGAUCGACCUGUUCCCAAAAGCCUUUCGUCCCUAUCUAACUUGACGGUCAGACUCGGUAUCUCGAUGGAUUCUUGCUCGGACAGGCUCGGAGACUGCGAAACAUAUGCGGUGGGAGGAUUCAAUCAUGGUUGGUGUGCAGUAGACAAUGUCUGUCAAGCAUGUGCUCUAUCGUGCUUCAACGAUGCCUUGUGCGGGGGUUUGACGGAAACAGUUUGUGGGUAUGAGGCGUCUAUAGAAGGUAUCCAGCAAGCAGACAGCUUCACAGCCGUUAGCUUGAAGUACCCACUCUUAGCCAUGGAAGGCAUCGGUCUUGUUCGUUCGGACAAGGACUCGUGCUUCUUCUACCUUCCCGACCUAGCGAAAUCACCUCAGCGACCUGUCCGUAUGAUGCAGGUCAAGAGACUCUCGUCUACCAGCGGAGAGAUGAUAGUCAGAGUUGAGAACCUACCACGAAUCUUGACAGAUGAAAUUGUUGAGAUUCGAUUCGAGUCCAGUAGGCUGCUGUCAAUCCUUCGAGUAUCGUGGAAUCCUUCUUUUUGUGAUUUCCUGGUCCAGACCCCCUCUGCCUUGGGCUUGUUUGGCUUAAGGAACUUGAGCCUGUGGAUGGCGGGAACUUACGUUAGCAGCUUCCUCGCUGACUUGUCAUCAGACGUGAGAUCAGCGAUGGAGAUAGUGAGUCCUCGCCGGAUUUUCCAGAACCAGGUUGUUGCCCUCACAAUCAAAGUGAGCAGAGCUCCGGCAUUGUCUCUUGACCACCUUGAGAUGUAUCUGGACGGUCAAGCCAUCAAAGUGUCGCAUUUGAAUCAGACGGACACGCCCUUGAUUUCUGCGGAUAACGUGUACACUGGAGAAGCAAGAGAGGCUGUUCUAGUGCUGAGAAGUACUCUUCAUCAGUUGGUCGAACUUGUGCUGCCGAUUACAAUCGAAGGUCAAGUACAGAAUCCAAGGAUUCGACGGAUAGUUCCCACCUCAGUACCUAGCACUGGAGGAUUGCUGGAGGUGGAGAUGGAGAACGUGGUCGGUUCCCAUACCGAAGCAUCAAUUCUAGUCUAUGUGCUGGUCGGCAGCCAAACUCUCCCCGUUUCAAUCUCCUCAGGAUCUUUGAUCAUCGGACUAAACUCAAUGACAAUGCAAGUUGUACUGCCUGAUGUCUCUGACGUUUUGCUGUCUGGAACUGCAGAGCUGCAGAUUGUGAUGAAUGAAACUUUAACUUCUCUCAUUGACAUCUUCGAUUCCCAAUGUGCCAGCAUAUCUGCAGUGUCACCGUCGCAGAUGUCCAUGGAUGGAGGUACUAAAGUGACUGUUAAGCUGCAAACAUUACGUCUAUUCAGCAGCAGUCUUGACUUCAUUGUCAAUGUCGGUCUUGCCUCCAUUCCAGUCACAAAGUUUGAGCAGGUGGGAACAACAUGUAUCUUGCAGUUUGAUUCCCCGAAACAAUCGUUGCAAGCCCCCGCAAACGUAUCUUUGCGUAUAAGUAUCAACGGACUCCCUCCACGCUGUAAAGUAGAAACCGAAGUCAGAGUCUACCCGCCAUCUCCGAAGCUUCUUUCGGUCUUCCCUCAGAACAUCUCAGCGCUUGGAGGGGACUUGGUUUCUCUGCUCCUUGAGGACGUGGACCCGUCGGCUGUCUCAGCUGUCAGCCUUGAAGACAUUUCUCUUCAGUUUCAAUCGGUUCAGAUCUCGAGGGCUGAGACCGUAGUCACCUUUGUUACCCCUGCUCUCAUGAAGGGACCUGUACUGAUGAGGUUGCUGGGCAAAGACAGCGAGUUCAGCCACAUCCUCACUGUGAUAGACUCAAACACAGUCAGUACAGCUGACUUGAACCCCAGCAGAGGCUCAGCGGCAGGUAACUGGUACCUGCAGGCAAGCUUUGAUGUCCUCGAUUCAACGUCUCUGGUCUCUGGUUGUACUUUUACAGCUUCCAUGGGGCAGAGAGUGAUGGAAGUCACAGACGUGCAACGGGCUUUGGCAAAGUCUGUCAACAGCGUCACUUUGACCGCUCUUGUUCCUCCCAUGCCAACAGGCCAACAUCAUGUAAGCUUCUACAGCGUCUGCCCGAGCUCUGACCGUCCAAGGCUGACUGCUGUUGGCUACCUCAACAUUGAACAAACCAAUUCAUUUCAUGUGGACCGAGUGUUUCCUCCGCGGGUGCAAUCGGGCCAUGAGCCAACGCUCAAUCUGCGGCUUCAGCGAGUUCCUCUUAACGCCACCGUCUCUGACUUUGACGUUGACAUCGCCGGUGUUCCUUGCGUUGCUCUCGAUCUGUCCCUAUUCCACCUGGACUCGGCCUGGCUCAGCUGCUCCCUGCAAGAAAGUUUGCCCGUGGGCUCAUGGCCUGUCAACGUGUUCUUGCUGAAAGCCUCCGAGAACCCGCAGACUUCCAACUUUCGUCUUUCAGUCGCAGGUGGGCCUCACCUCGUGCUUGCCGAGCCAUCUUCCGGGCCCGCUCUUGGCGCAAAUGCUGUGAGAAUCCUUGCCCAGAACUUUCCUCUGACAUCCAUCAAGCAAGCUUUUAUUUCUGUGGGGGGAAAGCCAGCCAGCCCAUUCUUCUUGAGAUCUGGAAGUACUUUCGAGACGGAGUUUUCUUUUGUGGUACCUCCAACCAAGUGUCAGCAGGCCUGUGAAGCUCCGGUGAAGAUUAUAGACAUCGUGUCAGGCUCCUCAAUUACUUUCAAUUACCUCUAUCAACCUCCUCGAUUGCAAGCGUGGGGUCAACAAGUGUUCAACACUGAAGGGACAGUUGAAUUUCAGCUUUCAGUGACGGGUAUUCCCGAAGUCAGAAGCAAGCUUGAACUUCAGGUUGCGUUGGAGUCAAGAUGGUUGCAAGAUUCAGAGUUUGACCUUGUCUUCGCUCAUCCUUCACUGCUCAUCAUCGCAGUAAAGCCCAUCGGGAAUCAGUUUGACGGACUAGAUGUCUUGAGUGGAAUCGUCCUGUCGACUCUGAAUCGAGAGUUCUCAGUCGGGUUUCAGGUGGGGAUUGAAAGAGGCAACAUUCCCACAGUUGUCUCCGUCUGGCCUCCUCAUGUGCCCAGACGUCUGCCGUCGAGGCUCGAGGUGAUUGUGCGGAACUAUCCUGUCUUCCCCAGCAUGAGCUUCGACAACAACUACAGGGACAUAUCAGGACCUGUUUCUCCAGCUCUAUAUGUCACAUCUAAUAUCAAGGCCAGCGUCGAAUCAUUCGACAUUGUCCGACCUCAAUUGUACAAUGUCAGUGCGGUGGUUCGUGUAGUAUUGCAAGUUUAUUCCGCAACCUCAUCAGGCUCUGUGAUCAGAAUCCGAGCAGGCGGCCAUGACAUCUUCGUUGAGGUUUCUUUCUACGAUAUCGGCACUCCAACGCUCCUCGAGCUGAAUCGGAAGAGUGGACCUCGUAACGGCUCGCUUGUCAUAGCACAACUUGGAGGCUUCAAAGUCAACGACAUGAAGUCAAUCUUGGUUGGAGCUGCAGACGCCAACGCGAAGGUGCAGGAAGUGUCCAGCUCGAGCUUGAUCACAACCAUCGCUUUCUACCUCCCACCUUUGAUGGCGUCGGGUCCCAUUCCUAUUCGAAUCUCAAGCACUGACGCAAGUCAAGCAGAGGUCAGUUUCCUUUAUUCGUUGCAGCAAGUUUGCGACUACACUUGGUUCUGCGCGCAAAGUUCCCUGUUGGUGCCGGUAAGUCAAGAUAUUGAUCAAGUCAUCAUUCUACUUCAGCUGACCUCUUUACAGGUGUUUGCGCCUCGAUCAUGUAAUGCUGCCAAGUGCUUCAAUCUCCGAGCAAGACAAGCCCCUGUGCUCAGCUGGGUCAGCAUGACUGAAGGGCCUUCAACGGGAGGUACUCGAGUCGAGCUUCAGAUCUCGAACCUUUCUGAGCCAAUGAGUGAUGUCUUGAUUGUCUUCGGCUCCAAGUCCGCGAGGGUGCUUGAGAUGAUGGCAGACCCAGGGGGUAAGCUCCUUCGGAUUGGUGUGAUCACUCCCGUACCGGAGACAGACGGUCUCUGUACAGUCAAUGUCAACUUUCUCAACCCUGGGGUUUCAAACCUUGAGUUCGCCUUCCUCUAUCGACCUGUCGCCUUGCCUCCUGCCCUUGCCUCCUUCUCACCUCAGCGGUGUGUACAGGGCACCAUAUUCAACUUGACUCUAUCCUACGAGGGAUGGUCUCCUAUCUUGCAAGCGGAAGAAGUCAUCGCUGUCAGCCACAAGGGCACAUCAACUCAGGGGCGAGUGGUAGUCUCAGACUGGGCAUCCACUGUAGUCACCUUUGAAUCCUUGCACUGUCCCAGCAGUGGCGAUUUACUUUCAGUGGACAUUAUUCGAACAAGUCAGCUUCACAAACUCAAUGUGACAUUGACGAUUGAUGCAAUGGACUCAAAGCUUCUUUCCUAUUUCCCUUCAAUUGGGCCCCUGCAUCGACCGUCGCAGGUCUUCGUUCGCAUUCGAAGUUUCAGUUCAUCGGAUUUCCAACUUGUCUUGACCAACUUGAGCAGCAGCGCUAACAGCUCUGAAUCUCAGUCAUCCCUUGCGAACAACGUGACAUGCCGAGGGCUUUCAGCCAACCGAGUCUGCUCCAUGACCUUCACCAUCCCCGCGCGGUCCUCUCCUGGUACUGUUCGAUUCACGCUGGUCCAGGUUCUUGGCGGGGCAAUUGACUGGAUUGAAUGGAAAUAUUCACAGAGCAACGUGACUCAGAUCGAGUCGAUCAGUGCAACCAGCUCGUCUUCAGCUGGGGGAGACCUGAUUGAGGUCGCUUUCUACGGAUUUCCUCGGCUCCACACAGAGACAGAGGCAGGCGAGGACUUCUUGAGUCAAGUUCAGAUCUCCUUUGGGCCUUUCAGCGGAUCCCUCCAGAGCAUCUCAUGGAGCGAGGAGCCGAGAAGCGACAGGGACCCGCCUCGUCGCACAGUCAUCAAGUUUCUCACCCCGUCUGUGUGGAAGUCGAUGAACACAACCGUGACAAUCUUUCAAAGCUACAACACGCAGCGCUUCGCCAGCUAUCUUCAUCAGUUUUACACUCCAGAUGUCUUCUUGUACCAGCAGGAAUGCAGUAUGACAGGAGGUUGCACAGUGAAGAUGAGGAUCUACAACUUCUUCAUUUCAAAUUACAAUCAAAUGAAGGUGUAUGUUGGCGAAAAAGAAGCAACGCUUCUUCCAGACUCUUAUAUGGAAUCGGCGCUUGAUCUGGUGGUCAACGUAACAAUCCCAGCAGCAAAGUCACCAGGUCAAGUAACGAUGAAAGUGUCAGACAGUCUGCUGGGGUCUUCAGCUACCACAAGUUUCCGGUACAUCGCAGGCCCCGAGACGAGGAUGUUGACGCCUCCAACAGCCUCGGCGAAUGGAGGCGGCCAGGUCGAGCUCCUCUUGCUCAACUUUCCCGAGGUGUCAUCGUCGCAGGAGAUCGGAAUCGGGUCAUCGAAUGUUUCCAGCCUCAGGUUGAUCUCCUCCAACGCUCGCAGAACAGUAGUCGCAGUGCUUGUACCCGUGCUUCCUGCUGGAGCUGCCUCGCUCUCCGUCUCUCUGUUCCCUCUCGAUUGGUUCACCAUCUUUCCAGGCGUCACUUGGGCAGCAACUGUCGUAAAAGUUUGGGAAGCUGCUACGAUUGUAUCGAUCACUCCAAACCAUGUCAAAGAAGGAGUUGAAACCAUCUUGACUUUGCUGCUCCGAAACUUUCCCGACCCUUCUACUGACUUCAACGGGUCAAGUCACUUCGAGCUUGCGGUGGGUCCUUACCACGGCAAGCUUCACAACACUACUUAUGACGACGCGAGUGCCAGUGAGGUUGCGUUUCUGCUGCCGCCGAUGCUCAAUGGGGAGUACGACCUGGUCAUACGCAGAGGCAACUUGAUGGCCGAGCGCAAACUCCGCGUGGUAUCUGAUCGACUGAAAGUCGUGCAAGUCGUCGGGAGUGAGGGAUCCUCGCAAGGAGGCAACAAGGUGCUGGUGAGUGUGCUGGGGCUUGUCACCCCGACACAAGUAAGCGACCUUCAAGUCAUCUUCGGAGGGCAGGAGCCAGCUCUCAUAGGGAACAUAAUGAUAGACAGGGCAGUCACCAGCUUCGAGCUCAUAGCUCCUCCUUCAUCGCCUGACAUGGACGGAAGCAGCACGGUCGAGGUCUCGGUCGCUACCCGUCAAGAAGUCACAACCACCCUCACCUUCGAGUACAUGUACGUUCAUAGCCUUCAGGUGCUUCGAGCCCAGCUGAGCUCCGAUGGAGGGAAGUUAAUCAUGACAAUGAGCCAGGCGAUUGACUUGAGAAGCCUCGGAUAUGAAAUUGUAGGAACUGCUUAUGUACAGGACAAGCGUCUUUUCAGCUGCAGUCAACUGUUCUCAUACAGCACGGUGAAUGACUUGGGGUAUCAGGCUUCUUGUUUCUUCGCAUCGGACGUUCUUAUCGUCGUCGCUUUGGGCUGGACAACUGCAAUCAAGCAGGGCUACGUUGGUACGCUCAACCAUGCUGUGUCUCCGGUCAACCAGCACGCUCGGAAUCUACCUGUUCAGCGGGAGUUUACAGUAGGAGACUUGUUCUUUGGCUCUCGGCCCAACAAGCUUGGAAGGCUUUAUGGACCCUCGUUCGUCGGCCCUUGCGAUGACUUGGAGUUCGGCAUAGACCUGGAGAGCAUGAGAGAACCGAUGGCGGUGGAAUGGAAGCUGUUGACACGGGAGCUGCAGGAGAUUCCUGGAGCUCUUGUCGACCAGACGUCUCUCAACAUCGUGGUUGCACCAGAUGUCUUUCCGUUAUCCGUCAACGAUUUCUUGGUCAGGUCAAGAGUCACACUUUUAGACGGGCAGGUGCUCGACUUCCAACAUCAAAUAUCUCGCAAACGGUUCCCAAUCCCCAUGGUUGACUUGCAAGUAGUUGGUUAUCAGUCAGCAACCCAGCCGUUCCAAGUUAUAGCCGACGCAAGAGACUCUACGUGCCUUCAAGUCUCCCUAGGGAUACCUGUUCAGAGCUCCGCCAUGCAGUACGAGUGGUAUCAAAUGACCGGGCAGGUCUGGUCGUUGAUCAGUGGACAGACUGGCUACCGGCUGCAAGCUGAAGGUGCAAAUAGAGUGAAGUUGAAACUGACUCCAAUGGUCGACCCCUCAGCGUCGAUCCAAGUAGAAGCAUUCCUUCCCCCCAACAGAACUAGAACGAUUGUGAAGCUGCUUGGGGGCAAUCGCAUGAUCUCGCCAACUGAGCAAGUCGUCUUACAAGCUCUUGUGUCGACCUCGAGCUUGUUUGGAGCAGUUCGAUACCGAUGGCAGUGCUGGAGUGGUGGAGAAACCUGCAGGCAAUCAGAUGGCAAGAUGUUGAUGCUUGGAGAUAGCUUGAACUUGACGGUGGAGGGAGGGACGUUGGUGGCUGGAAGGCUCUACUCAUUCCAUGUCAUCGCAUUCUCAGCUUUUGACUUUGCGUCUGCUACCACAGACAUUGUCGUUGGAGCAGGUGAGGUAGGCAUGACGACAAUCAGUAUGUUCCAGAGCUUCAGAGAGGUGGACUGCUUUGAGGAGGUACUGGGAGGCACCGACCUUGUCGUACAUGCAGUCAGCACAAUCCCAACUGCAAAUGAGCAGCUUUCCUGGACAUUCAACAGUACCUUCCCAUACUCGAGCACAAGCUCCAUCGAGGUGCAAGGCAAUAACCAACUCGUCGUAGCUGGAACCUCCCUGGGUUUGUUCUCAGCAACAAGCGUCGUCUUUGCCUCUGAUCCUCUCACAAGUUCAACCUCUUGGUGCAAGCUGACGGUGGUUCCUCCUCCUAACAGCGGUCGCUGCUGGCUUCGCUUUCUUUCUGCUGUCCAGCAGCCCUUCAACGCUGCCUUGCGAUGCGAAGGGUAUGAGGGAGGGCUGGUGGGCGGGUUGAGCUACUGGUAUGAGCUGUCAGUGGAAAACAAUAUUUAUUUCUCUUUGAGGGUGAAGAAGAGCGAGCAGCAGGUCAUUCUUCCAAGCGGAGCACUGAACCUUUCUGUGCAUGUGGAAGAUGAAACAGGAGCUUUCUCUCGAUUCUACUUGCCGUCUACAAAGGUUCCCUUCAGCUCUGUGACUCUAGAGCACGUGCUCGCCCUCAAAGCUAGAGUCCAACAGUCAGGGCGAGCUGACAUCCUGUGGGCGGGUGCGCUAGCGGUAAAGUCGAACCUUGGGAGUGAGAACGCGGCUCUUGGACAGCAGCUCUUUUCUCAGCUUUUCCCGGUCAUGCUUGAAAUAUACCAGGCACAGCAGCCCUCGCUAGAUUCCACUUUGCAAAUACUUCAGGUCUUGACUGUGCUCACUCAACCCCCAGCACAACUUGACUUGAGCAACGUGUCGUCAUGUGUUGAGCUGAUUCAGAGUGUCCUGUCAACGAUAGAACAGCUGGGAGAAAGGGAGGUGGACAGGAGGCAGUUGGAGCAGCUGGUGGUGCUAGUAGAUCAGAUCUCGGCGAGCGUCUCUUCGCUUCAGUUGGAUCGCACAGGUGGGUCGACCAUCGCCAGGCUGUGGUGGUCAAGUCAAAUGCGACUCAUCGACUCCCUCGCCUCGGUGAGUUUGCGGUUGACACGCACGUCAGGGGUCGACCAGGCCCUUCACCUGACGCAGGUGUCCAUGCUCCUACAGCCCGUCAAAGUGGCCGCGCUCUUGGCUGGCCCUCUCGUUCUCUCGCUUUCCAACCAGCACGUCGCAUUUGCUCUUGCUCCAGCAGUGCUGUCGGACAUUACGGUACAGGAGGAGGCAGCUCGAUACGUUGUCGUGAGCUUGUUUGUGUCUGCUCCCUCCUACACUGCAGAGUUUCUCCUCCUCUCUCAAGCUGUCAGCCUCGCUCUCUCCUCCUGGCCUGAUGGUUCCCUCGCCAACCGCCUGCUGACCGCAGGGAUCAGAGUAGACAUCGUCUUCUCCGUCCCGAGCCAACUCCAGCGGGACUCUAGCAGGAGCGGAGUGAUGUGCAUGGUGUGGCAGGUAGCGAGCGGGAGCUGGGAAGAGGGAUGCAGACUGGACGCUAUCCUCCAGCUGUAUGACGAUGCAGGCGCAGUCAUUGAGGGGAGAGAAAAUGCUGUUUGCGUCUGCCCGUCGCUCGCGACUGUCGCCAUCGGGUAUCGCUUGCAAGAGAAUAAGUUUAUCUCCCCCACACCUGAGUGGGGGGACGUUCUGGUCGUGAGGGCCGGUGAGAGCCUUUCGCUCCUCCUUCGCUUCGCCGUCGCUGAGGGAUCUACAGCAACUGCUGCCUCUCGCCUCCCCUCCUCUCCUCCUUCCUUCCAGCCUUUGACCGCGGGGAUUAUGCGCCAUGGCCCAAACAACUCGACCGAGCUGAACCUGACGUGGGUGCCGAUGGUGGAGGGGAGGGAGAGGCUGGUGCUGGAGCUCUGGGUGGACGGGAGGAAGAGCGACGAGCGAUGGUUGUCUGUACAGGUUCUCUUCUGCGAGCACUGGGCGAUGGAGGGAGAGACGCUGGAAGACGUGGCGAGACUGUAUGGGACCAGCUGGCAGGCCUUGUUUGCCAUCAACCCAGGCUUGUCAUCAGUGCGAGGAGCGCUGAGGAUCAAGGCAGGGUCAGCGGGAGAGCGAGGGUCCAUGUGGGAGUGCAGGGAGGGACAAGAAUGCGUGAAGAGGACAGCAAGGGGGUUGUUGGAGCCAAACGUGCUGCGGGUGGGGGUGAGGCUGGCUGUUGGGAGCCUUGGGUCAAGAGAGGAGCUCCUGUCGUACCUGCGCAGACUGGGAGGGAGUCUACAUCAGACCGUCUUGAUGAGCCCUCGAAGAAUCCCUCUCAUCUCCUCCAACCCGCUCGUCGCAAACUUCUCGAAAGUGCACGGAGACGGCAGGUUGUGUGUAGUCGCAAUGUUUGCUGAUAGCUGCCCUGCAAGUCAAUGA